GGAGCAAUAUCCACCAGCUACCUCCACUAGGCCCUGCACACGAGAGGUCUUGCUAAAGCCUUUUUCAAAAGCAGAACAAACCUCAACUCCAACACAAACUCACUUUUUCCUUCUUUCUUUUCUUUUCACAAAGAGGACAUCCUCACCCAAACAUUCACCCACGUAUCGGAUAUAGCCGUCCCACCACUUCCACGAUGACUGCAACUUUCAACACCCCCCAGGAGAUGCCUUACGGCCCCGCUCACCCCCUCCAAGUUCUUGAUCUCUACCGCCAAUGUAGCGACCCGGACGCCUACUGGGUAACGUAAACUCUCCCCCAUGCCACCUCUCGGCCUUCCCUUCUCCCUUUCCUACAGUGUUGCUCGCGAUAAGUGACGGGCAAGUAAAGCCACCAUGUCGACGAUGAGGGGUCAUGAUGGGGUCGGUGAAGUUAGUGUCAAUAGUGAGGCCAGGGUUCAUGUAUUCUGAAUUUUCAUCUCCUUUUUGAGGAGGAGCGCUUCCAUGGAUCUCUGAAUAACGCUCUACUUGCCGGGUGUGAAUGAUCGCUCGCAUUCGAGCAUGUGGUCCGGCCCGGUCCGUUUGGUCUCUUUCAGGGUGAUGCUGUUUGUGGUUAACUGCAUUAUGCUGCUCUCUUGUAUUCUUUCUUCCCUUUCUCUGUCUUGUUUUUCUCCAUUUUCAGUUCCCCUCUUUACUGGAAUUGAAUGACCACUUUUCCUUUCCGUUUUGUAACAAUUGGUGCAGUAAUCUUCCGACCGCUCGCAGUGUAUAUACUACUGAGCAUGACACCCGUCACCAACUAACCCCAGAGUGACACCCUAUCGCGAGCAACACUCCGAGUUCCCCAUGCACGCGCUCAGCUAACCACCAAACUCCCUAGUUUCAUCCACGGUGGUGCCUGGUCCGACCCCGAAAUGACCAAAUCGGGUGGUCACCCCCUCAUCCGCUCCCUUCUGCCCAAAUACCCACGUCUUAACGCCGCAAGCAUAAACUACCGUCUGAGCCCCCACCCACGCUACCCUUCCAACGGCAACGCCGCCAAACAUCCCGACCACAUUGAUGACGUCCGCCUCGCGCUAUCGUUUUUGCAGGAACGUUAUAGUAUGAGGAGAGAGAAGACUGUGCUCGUGGGACAUAGCGCCGGUGCGUACAUGGCAUUCCAGGUCGACGCUGGUUGCGGAGCGGCGGCGGCAGUGGUGGUUGGGAUUGGGGGCGUUUACCACUUGGGGAGGUUGGUGGAGGAGUAUGCGGAUUAUGAAGGGUUUGUUGAAAGGGCCUUUGGCGGGGGUUGGAGGCAGGUCGAUGCGGAGGGUUUAGCGGAGGUAGAGGAUGGGGGGAAGGGAGGUGGAAGGGUAGUUCUCGUGCAUAGCUCUCAAGAUGAGUUGUUGAGUUUUGGACAGUCGAGGUAUUGGGCUGGGGUGCUUAGAGGGAGGGGAAGAGUUGUCAAAGAGGUGUAUGGUGCGAUGGGGAAUCACAACGAGGCUCCUAAAGGCACGGAGUUGGUUGGGGUCGUCGAGGCGGAGUUGGAAGAGUUGGAGAUGGAAUCUGCGAAAGGGAACUGAGCAACAGGCCCUAGACAGGGGAUAGAUAGUGGGAAAGGUGGUUGAGAGAUGGCCGGGGGAGUUCUGUGCCGCUAUGGGAAUUUCGGCGGACAAGCAAUAGUCCCCAACGCUCUCAUACAGCUAGGUUUUGGGCGGGGUGAAUACAGUGCCCGUAUCUGCACCCA